AUGGCAUCGAGACAUUUUAAUAACGACCUUGGCUACGGGUUCGGCGAUGUUGCCCGUAGAUGUAUUCUUUAUAAAUUGGGUUUGUUCCUCGGAACACUGUUUACCCUUGUACAUGUAGGGAAGAGGAUUUGGAGAUUAUGGAAGGAGAGAGAGGAACACACAGUUCACCUGGAGGAUGGCUCUGACAACCCUUUGGCGACUCUGAAGGAAGACGACAACAGCAAGAUAAACGAAGUGGAGGAAUUUAAAGACGUUUUUGAUCAAAUGGUCCAGAGGUACGACGAAGAAAUCGACAGACUGAAAAGUGAAAACUGUCGAUUUCGAACUCUGUUGAAGGAGAAGGAAGACGUCUACGACCGAAUAAUUGAAGAUUUCGACAACGUGAGUCAUCGAACUAUUGCUCACUACCAGGAGCUCAGAGCAGAAAAGGACUUACAAAUUCGAGAUCUAACGGAGGAGCUGCAAAGGCUUCAGUGCGAUAUUAAAGAAAAGGAUAUGGUGAUUGAAAGUCUUAACGUGGAAAUCUCUCAACAAGAGAGAGAAAACGGAUUAAUAAUGGACCUUAAAGGAGAAAAUAUGGAAAUGAAGACCGAAAUUGACCAGCUGAAAAAAGAAAAAGUAGAGUCUGGAAAAACAAUCAAUGGUUUGAACAUGGAAAUUCAGACUCUGCUUACGGAAAACGAAAAAAUAGAAGAUGAGGCAGAUAACUUGAAAGAAAAACUGGCUAAUUGUGAAGUUUUGAAUAAUGAAAAGGACUUGCUGAUUGAUGAACUAAGACGCGAAAAAUUGGAACAAGAACAUAUAAUUAGCAGUCUUAAGAGGCAGGUCCAGAGCUGCGAAGAAGAAAAAGAAAAGAUGAAAAACGAAAUGGAAGAGAACAGAGCUAAUUUUGAAGCUGAAAAUUAUGAAAAGGACCAAAUGAUUAAUAAGCUCAGGAUAGAAAACCUGGAACAAGAAAUUAAGAUUGACCAUUUCAACAGGACGGUCCAGAAUUACGAAGAAGAAAAUGAAAAACUGAAAAGGGAAAUGGAAGACCUGCUGGCUAAUUGUGAAGAGUCUGGAAAAACAAUCAAUGGUUUGAACAUGGAAAUUCAGACUCUGCUUACGGAAAACGAAAAAAUAGAAGAUAAGGCAGAUAACUUGAAAGAAAAACUGGCUAAUUGUGAAGUUUUGAAUAAUGAAAAGGACUUGCUGAUUGAUGAACUAAGACGCGAAAAAUUGGAACAAGAACAUAUAAUUAGCAGUCUUAAGAGGCAGGUCCAGAGCUGCGAAGAAGAAAAAGAAAAGAUGAAAAACGAAAUGGAAGAGAACAGAGCUAAUUUUGAAGCUGAAAAUUAUGAAAAGGACCAGAUGAUUAAUAAGCUCAGGAUAGAAAACCUGGAACAAGAAAUUAAGAUUGACCAUUUCAACAGGACGGUCCUGAAUUACGAAGAAGAAAAUGAAAAACUGAAAAGGGAAAUGGAAGACCUGCUGGCUAAUUGUGAAGAUUUGGAACUUAUGAUUGAUGUACUAAGAAGCGGAAAAUUGGAACAAGAACAUAUAAUUAGCAGUCUUGAGAGGCAGGUCCAGAGCUGCGAAGAAGAAAAUGAAAAGAUGAAAAACGAAAUGGAAGAGAACAAAGCUAAUUGUGAAGAUGAAAAUUAUGAAAAGGAUAGAAUAAUUGACCAUCUCAGGAUAGAAUUACAAAGAGCUGAAAAUGAGAAAGAGAUACAAAUAAGAAAAAUGGCGGAAGAAAUAAGUAAUCUGAAAGACGUGAUAAGGAUAGCGAGACCAGAACAAGAAUCAGAAUUGGAAAGAAACGACGAGGAGGGAACGGGAACUGGAGAGAAGGACGACGCCGAAGAAUCAGACGAUAGCGACGAAUCAAAGGACGAAAGCUCCGACGACUUAGGAGCUGAUGAGAAUCAGCCAGGAGAGAAGGAACGCGUAGAAGAACCAGAAGAGGAAGACACCUUCGAAAACUCUGGAGGAGAAGAUGGCGAUAAUCAGUCUGGCGAGGAGGAAAGAGUAGAAGAAUCAGGAGAAGCCAGCAGAACACAAGUAGAAGAAAUAAACCUCGAUGGCACAGAGGACACUGAGCUGGAUAGCUUUUGUUCAGAGUCUGAACAAAAGUUGGGCUUGGGGCACAAAGCCCCUGAAGCAAAGGAAGAGGAAGAUGAUAUGAGCCAGGAAGAGGAGGAAGCAUUAUUAAAGGAAAUAAGAAAACUGAGAGAGGAGGAAAAACUCAUGAGGGAAGAGCUAUUACAGCAGAAGAAACUGGACGAGGAGAUGGAGCACUUACUGCAAAGUCUAAAAGAGCGACUUCACAGAGACGAGGAUAAAUGUCAGGAAUCGGAAGACAUUUUCCUUCAGUCGAUGGUUAAUGGCCCUGAAACACAAGGGAAGGAGGAUGAAGGCGAGCAGGGCCAGCAAGACCAAACGAGAUGUCAAGAUGAAGAAGACGCGACAGCAUGGCAUGAAUUAGAGCAGGAAAUAAUAGGAAUGAGAAUGGAACAAGAACAUAUGGCUAAGGUGGUGUUGGAACAGAAGAAAAAGAGUGAUGAGAUGGAGAGCUUACUACGAUUUAUUGGAGGCGAUAACCAAAUGAAGACCAGGAAUAAAAAGAAACAUGGGAAAGGGAAUAAAAGGAGACGAUACCAAUGGAAAUGUUAA